AUGUCCAGUUCGACGCAGAUUGUUGCAGGAAUCGUGGAGCCGGCUCCAGAAAACAGAGAUUUUGUCGACGGAAUUGCAUUUGUAGUUUCCAAGCAGUGGCCAACGCUUGAGGGUAGGAUCAAGGCCAAUCAUGAGAUUGAUCCAAAAUUCAGCUUUUUGUGGAGCUCAGACCCUUGUCACGCAUAUUACCGGCGAAAGGUUACUGAAUACCUUGCUCAACCUGAUGCUCAUGAGAGUGUACUGGAUGCACCUCCCACUCCUGAGUGUGUACAUGAUGCACCUCUCGCUCCUCCUUCAAGGUAUUCGCAUAGGACACCUUACAGAGAUCCUGGAUUUAAAUUUCCCGCAGGGAUGACGCCCCACGAUUUAGGUGUCAUUAAGCUCACAGCGCUGUUUCUGGCACGGUGGGGCCCGUAUUUUUUGCUGGCUUUGUGGAAGAGAGUCGAUGACAACCCUCAGUUUGACUUUCUGAAGUCACCUGGUAGCAUUUUAAAGUUUUACCGCGGGCUUGUUGGUGCGUACGCCAGAGUAUUUAUCCGUUCCGAAAAGGUUCCUAUUGCCACCCUUCUUAAGGUUUUCUUCCACAAAGUGGAGAUGUCUACGGUUAUGUUGCAUGCUUUUGUGGGUGGUGUCGACUCUUUUGUCCACAUGGAGAAUUUAGACUAUUUUUGUGUCAUGCCACCACCUGAACGCCUUUCAAUGACUGUGGAUCGACUAAAACAUAUGCGGCCUCCACUGGUAUCUGAUACUCCGUUCAGCAGCUAUUCACCUGACAGUUUGUCAAUGGAACAUGGUAUUAUUAACCUCACAGCACAGUUUGUCGCACGGUAUGGGCCUUAUUUUUGUCGUGAGUUGAAGAAGGCAGUGGAAAAGAAGCCUCAGUUUGAGUUUAUGAAGCCAGCUGAUGGCAUGUAUCAUUAUUAUAGUAGGCGUGUUGAUGUGUACUCCAAAGUAUUCGAGGAUUUGGAGAGGCUAGGUAAGGGGGAGGCUUCUACCGCGGCGGCCUAUAUUGAGGUUCUUUUCCAACGUCUUCAAUUGGAGAAGCUGGAGGCGAGAGAUGAAGCGGCUUUGAAUGACUUGCAUGCUCUUGUCAGUGGUGUUAUUUACUGUUUCGCUGACAUGGAGGAUGAAAAUUAUUCUGGUAGCUUACUAAGUCAAGAUCGCCCUUCAAUCCAGCGUAGUACACCACUGGGAUCUAAGCUUACUGAAUACGGUGCUGAGAAUCAGGAUGUUCAGGAUAUUCACGAGUGUGAUGUGCGACCUGUUCCUAGUCCUAAAUGGGAUCCGCCUCUAAGACGUACCAGUUUUGUACUUGGACUCCAUGUAAGGGAGUUCUCACUCAAGGAGCUUGGUAUUAUUAAGCUCACAGCGCAGUUUGUGGCAAGGUACGGGCCUUAUUUUUGUCGGGAUUUGAUGAAGACAGUGGAUAAGAACCCUCAGUUUGAGUUUAUGAAGCCACUUUAUAGGAAAUUUGAUUUUUAUAAUGGGCUUGCUGCUUCGUAUGCCACUGUAUUAAGGCGGUCCAGAAGGCUGAGGUAUAGUGAUGCUUCUACGGGGACGGUUCUUGAUGAUUUUUUCCACCAUCUUCAAUUGGAGAUGCUGGAUGAGGGAGUGGAGAUGGCUAUUGGUGAUUUGCAUGCUUUUGUGGGUGGUGUGGACUGUUUUGCCUACAUGGAGAAUUUAGAGUAUUCUACGAACUUGCCACCACCUGAACCCUUUUCAGUGAUAAUGAACCGAGUAACAAAAACUCAGCCUGGAUCUCAGCUUACUGAAUACCUUGCUCAGAACCAAGAUGGAGCGCAGCCUGAUGGUCCAGCUACUCAUGAGUGUGUCGGUGAUGCACGACUCGGCCUUGAGCCGCCUCCUAUGGAGGCCUCAUUCAGGGAGCUUGGUGUUAUCAAGCUCACUGCGCAGUUUGUGGCACGGUAUGGGUACCUUUUUUCAGAGGCUUUGAUGAAGAGAGAGGAUAAGAACCCUCAGUUUGAGUUUAUGAAGCCAGCUUAUAGCAGGUCAUAUAAUUUGUUCCAUGAGCUUGUGAACGCGUAUCGCAGAGUAUUAAAAACUUCUGAUCAGCUGAGUGAUGCCUCUACAGCGGAGACCUUUAUUGAGGUCUUUUUGCAACGUCUUCAAUUGAAGGAGCUGGAGCAGGGAGUGGAAAUGGCUAUGAUUGAUUUGCAGGCUUUUGUGCGUGGUGUUGACUGUUUUGCUGACAUGGAUGUGGGGGAUCGUACUUACUUGCCACCACCUGAACGCCUUUCAGUGAUGAUAAACCGACUAACACAAAUGCAGCCUGGUCAUCCUCGGCCUUAUGAUCAGCUUGCACUGCGUGUACCUGGAAAGUCUAUACCUGGAACGUCUCUUCCUCUACCUGAGGAACCAGAGCCAAAGAGACAAAAGUUUUGA